GUUUGGACAGCGUGUGGGUCAGAGAUAGUAAGCGUUCAAGGACAGGUCACCUGUUCUCAGAGCUGUUCUGUGUGAACACCUCUCUCACUGCUCAGCAAUUUUAACAAUAUUCAUUGUACCACCCUAUGCUUUCCAGAAGGGGGAGCAAUUGUCCCCAUUUUACCCUGUGCGCUGUCAGCCCAAGUCACAUGUGUGGACUCUUCCAAUUUUGAAUAUUCACAUAGCGUGAAUGCAAAUUUCAACUGUUUUUACUUAAAGGCAAAGUAACAAAAAAAGUUGAAGUAGAUGAGAGUUACAAAACCUCCAAGCCUGCUCCAGCACUCAUAGAUGAUUUAUUGCCUCAAUCACUAGGUCCCCUGAUUUCCACAGUGCACAAAAAUCUAUCAGUUGCAAUCCUGAUUAUAUUCAGCAAUGACAGCCCUCAUGGAUGGCAAAUUACAAACAUUCUUUAAGCUUUUUACCUCAAGAACUUUCUCCUUUCAGUCUCAAUUUUCCAAACCUUUAUUCAAAGACUAGAUUCUGACCGGCUGCUCAGCGUGCAUCCUGUCAAUCCCACUCAGAGGUCGAUGAUGCCUCAAUUUUUCUAAAGGCCAAUCUUGCUCAAUGACUUCCACAAUCUUUACUGGAGAGAGAGAACUGAAGAAAUUCCCCAGGGUGUUGUCUGGGAUGGAAUAUUUCAGUUAUAAGACCAUUAGAUCGUAGGUUAUAGGAAGAGAAUUAGGCCAUUUGGCCCAUCGAGUCUGCUCCAGCAUUCCAUCAUGGCCGAUCCAUUUUCCCUCAGCCCCAAUCUUCUGCCUUCUCCUUGCAUCCCUUCAUGACUAAACAAACAUCUAUCACCCUCCACCUUAAAUAUACCCAAUGAUUUGACCUCCAUAGCCACCCGUGACAACGAAUUCCCACAUUCACCACUCUCUAGUUAAAGAAAUUCCUCCUCAUCUCCGUUCUAAAAGGAAGAACCCUCUAGCCUUAGGCUCUCCCACCGUAGGAAACAUCCUCUCCACAUCCGCUCUAUCAAGGCCUUUCAACAUUCAAAAGGUUUCAAUGCGGUCACCCAGUUCUUCCAAGUUUCAGUGAUUAGAGCCCCUGAGCCAUCAAAUGACAAGCCUUUCAAUCCCAGAUUCAUGCACCUCCUUUGAGCCCUCUCCAGUGUCAGUACAUCCUUUCUUAGAUAAGGGGCCUAAAGCUGUUCAUAAUACUCCAAAUGAGGCCUCCCCAGGUUGCGAGGAGAACCUAGACUUUUUUCCCUUGGAACAGAAAAGAUAUGGAAAAUAACAAGGGCAUACAAAGGGUAGAUUAAAAGGGUGCUGCAGAAGCGUAGCAGUUAGCACGACACUGUUACAGCUCAGGGAGUCUUGGAGUUCAAUUCCGGUGGCUGUUCCGUAAGGAAUCUCUGUACGUCCUUCCCGUGGAAUGUGUGGAUUUUCUCCUGGCCCUCUGGUUUCCUCCCACAGUCCAAAGACAUACCAGAUGCCCCCUGCCCCUGUUCCAGGAAGUGGAAUGUGCUGAGCAGUUACCGGACAAUGUUUGUACCCAGGUCUCUGAAGGUGAAGAGGGCUGAGGAAAGCAAUGAGCACGCGACCAAGCGAAGCAGGACCCUGGCUGGCAACUCCGAACCCGACGAGAGCCAGCAGGCCCAGAGCUGUGCGGCUGAAGGGGGAGGAGGGCCGCUGGGAGCCGGGGAAAGUGGCGACGAGGAGCCGGUGAAAGCCCUCAGCCAAAGCCAGCGCUGGCCGGAGCCGGGGGAGCCGGUUUGCUCUAUGUGCGGCCGCUACGGGGAGUACAUCUGCGACGAGACGGACACUGACGUGUGCAGCCUGGAGUGCAAGGCCAAGCACCUGCAGCAGAUCACGGGAGCGGGCCGCCCUCAAGGCGCAGGGGAGUCCAGCCAGGAGGAAGCGGUCCCGGAUGGCCAGUACCGGGAGCACCCCUUUAUCUCCAGCCUGUCAGAUGGGCAGGUGGAGACCCUGCAGCAGCAGCUGGGUAUCACUGUGCAGGGCCCCACCCUCAGGCCCAUCGUGGAGUUCGAGCACUGCGGCUUCCCUGACACCCUGAGUGCCAACCUGCAUCGGCUGGGCUACCACAGCCCCACCCCGGUGCAGAUGCAGAUGCUGCCACAGGGCCUGGUGGGGAAGGACGUGCUAGCGGCGGCUGACACCGGCUCAGGGAAGACGGCGGCCUUCCUACUCCCAGUCAUCAUGGCAGCACUGAGGGAGAAGAAAUGUUCUCUCCGGCAACCUGUGGGGUUGAUAUUGACUCCAACACGUGAGCUUGCCAUUCAGAUUGAGAGACAGGCCAAGGAGCUGAUGAUGGGUCUCCCCAACAUGAGGACAGCACUGCUGGUGGGGGGGAUGCCCCUCCCACCUCAGCUCCAUCGACUUCAACAAAACAUUAAGGUUAUUAUUGCCACCCCUGGCCGACUGCUGGAAAUACUGAAGCAAGAAGCCAUCAGCCUUUGUGGACUGCAGAUUGUGGUGGUUGAUGAGGUGGAUACGAUGUUGAAGAUGGGUUUCCAGCAACAGGUGUUGGAUAUCUUGGAGCAAACGCCCGAGGAGCAUCAAACAAUUCUUGUCUCUGCCACCAUCCCAGCAGGCAUCCAGCAGCUGGCCAGCCAUUUCCUGCAGGAUCCCAUCAGGAUUACAGUUGGAGAAAUGAACCAGCCUUGUUCUAAUGUCCGUCAGAUCAUCCUGUGGGUGGAGGAGCCAUCUAAGAAGAAAAAGCUAUUUGAGAUUCUGAAUGAUGGCAAACUGUUUCACCCACCUGUGCUGGUAUUUGUGGACUGCAAAUUGGGAGCUGAUCUGCUGUCCGAUGCCGUGGAGACGAUCACUGGCCUGAAGUCAGUGGCCAUUCACUCCGACAAGGCCCAGUGCGAUCGGAACCAGAUCCUACAGGGUCUGCUUCAAGGAGACUAUGAAGUUGUAGUCAGCACAGGAGUUCUUGGGAGAGGGCUAGAUCUUGUCAACGUCAGACUGGUUGUGAACUUCGAUAUGCCACGCACCAUGGAUGAAUAUGUACACCAGGUGGGGAGAGCAGGCCGUUUGGGCCACAGAGGAACGGCCAUUACCUUUGUGAAUAACAACAGCAGCAGGCACUUCCUGGAGUUGGUGAAGAGGGUGAAGCCAACAGGUACGUUGCUGCCCCCACAGCUCCUCAACUCUCCGUACCUGAUUGAGCAGCAGCGUAGAGAGCAGCAGAAGAACAAGCAGCGAGCGCAGCAAGACCUGGUGACCGGGGACAGUUUGAUUGACAUCAUAAAGAAGCAUGACCGCAGCAUGCUACAGAAACGAUAGCCCAGGGUUCUUGAUGAGAAGACAGUUUGACUGCUAGCCCUGAUUAACACCACCUAUCCAUGCUGGAUGUCAUUUGCAUAGGACUCGUUCCUUGGCUUGUGUUAGAAUCAGGUUGUAUUCACAUAGAGGAUGGGGGUGAGUGGGAUGAGAACCUCAUUAUUAUAAGAGCUGGAUAGAGAUGGCUGAAUGUAAUUCAGUGCUGCUUUAAGAAUGUGAACAUGUCUUAAUAGUGUAAAUACAUUAAUAAACUUUCUCUAUCUGUUUAAUAUCUGUUUUAAUGGGGUAAAAUCUGAAGGAUUAUGUCAGUUCUACCAGAUGAGUCUGCAUGUGCAGCAUUUGAGCCUGUCUGACAGUUUAGGUUAUAGUCCUCCUCCUCCUUAUAUUCUUGGAGGUAAAAGUUUCAAUACCUUCUAUCACUGGCACAUGUUGUAAAAUAUGUCAUUUUGCAGCAGCAGUACAUUGCAAUACAUAAUUAAGAACUAUAAAUUACAAUAAGUAUAUAUUUUAAAAAUUAAAUAGCCCAACUCAAAGCAGUCCUGUAAGCACUCCUCCACCUCCCUUGACCGUACCUUCUUGGUCCUCACCACUGAUACUGCAUCUUUAGCCUCUGUCUAUACACUAAGUAUAAAGUACAGCCAGAUAAGAAGAUAAGAAAUAGGGGCAGGAGUCGGCCAUCCGGCCAGUCGAGCCUGCUCCACCAUUCAAUAAGAUCAUGGCUGAUUUGACCAUAGUCUUACCUCCACCUACCUGCCUUUUCCCCAUAACCCUUAAUUGCCUACUAUGCAAACGUCUAUCCAACUUUGUCUUAAAUACAUUUACUGAGGUAGCCUCCACUGCUUCAUUGGGCAGAGAAUUCCACAGAUUCACCACUCUCUGGGAAAAGCAGUUCUUCUUCAUUUCCAUUCUAAAGUUACUCCCCUGAAUCUUGAGGCUAUGUCCCCUAAUUCUAGUCUCACCUACCAGUGGAAACAACUUUCCUGCCUCUAUCUUCUCUAUCCCUUUAAUCAUUUUAUAUGUUUCUAUAAGAUAUCCUCUCAUUCUUCUGAAUUCCACUGAGUACAGUCCGACGCAAUUCAAUUCCUCCUCAUUGCCUAGCCCCCUCAUCUCUGAAAUCAUCCUGGUGAACCUCCACUGCCAGUAUAUCCUUCCUCAAAUAAGGAGACCAGACUGCAUACAGUACUCCAGAUACGGCCUCACCAGUACCCUGUAUAGUUGCAACAUAACCUUCCUGCUCUUAAUUCAAUCCCUCUAGCAAUGAAGGCCAACGUUCCAUUUGCCUUGAUAGCCUGCUGCACCUGCAAACCAACCUUUUGUAAUUCAUGGACAAGCACUCCCAAGUCCUUCUGCAUAGCAGCAUGCUGCAAUCUUUUACCAUUUAAAUAAUAAUCUGAUCUUCCAUUUUUCCUUCCAAAAUGAAUGACCUCACAUUUACCAACAGUGCUCUCCAUCUGCCAGACCCUUGCUCCUCACUUAACCUACCUAUAAUCUCUCUGCAGACUCUCCAUAUCCUCUGCACUUUAUUUUCCCACUCAAUUUAGUGUCAUCAGCACUAAAUGAUUGGACUUUUCAAAAUAUGGUUAUGGAAUGGCAUAAGUGUUCUUGUUAUGACAGUAGUCAAGUGUAUUGGCUCCUCUGGUUCCACAGGUGAUACAUUGGUGGUAGUUGUUCUUUAAGCUGGCCUGGUUGAAAUCUCCCGCAGUGAUAGGGAAGGCAGCAGGGUGUGCAGUUUCGUGCCUGCUGGUUACGUUGCUCAAUUCUUCCAGUACCUGCCUGACGUUGGCCUGAGGCGGAAUAUACACUGCCACCAGGAUGAUGGUGGAUAAAAUGGAUGACAUUUGACCAUUAGAUGUUGCAGGUUGAGUGAGCAGAACUGUCACGUGUCCACCACAAUGAAUUAAUCAUAAAGCAUACUCCACCCACUUAAUUAAAAGACUCAGCUGUCCUGUCAUCGUGGAGAAUCUUGAAGCCAUCGAGCUGCAGUGCUGCAUCCAAAUUGGUGGGGGAUAGUCAUGUUUCUGUGAAGCUAAGUGCACAACAGUUCCUGAUACCCCUUGGUACAACAAUCUUGCUCUGAGGUCUUAAUUUCCAGAGACUGUACAUUCACCAACAGGAUAGUUGGGAGUGUGGAGUGAGGCAGGCCAGCUAAAGCCUCUGCCUUUAAAUCAUACUUGCAGAUGAGUCUACUGUUCGAGAUUUGGCAAUUUUAUUUUAAGUUUCAAUAUGUAUUUUUUUAAGCAUCUUAAAACAAUGCUACUUACUGAACCUCCAUGGAUGUGACUGUGGAUUUCAGAUGUAGUUGUCUGAAAUGGGAAUAUUUGAUGAUUCCCCUCAGCACUGCACAGAAACAGUUGUCUCUUAAGUGCCUAGUGAUGAAUUAACAUUUCAUGCCUUGCUGAUAUAUAAUGUGCAAUGUGUCUCCUGUUGAACAGUGUGGUUCUAUUUCUCUAACCUUACAUUUUGUGGAGCUCUGGACAUUGGGAAUCAUAGACUGAAUUAGGAGGUUCUAUGCUGAGGGUGAGAUUGUAUCCGUCAGCAAUUGGUCAAAAUACAGUAGCUCAGUCCUCUAUCACAAAGUGUGAAUUAACACUGAGAAAAAGAUAGAGCCACACAGAUCGAGAAAUGACACCCACAUCAUCCUCCACACUUCAAAGUUCAAAUUUAUUAUUCAUCUUCUUGUAGGCAACCACAAAGAAACACUGUAGAAUCCAUGAAAAACCACACCACAACGAAGACCAACAAACAUUCAAUGUGUGAAAGAGAAACUAAACAAUAAAAAAGUAAUCAAAUACUGUAAUACAUAAACAUGAGCUGCAUAGUCCCUGAAAGCAAGCUACUGUUGUGGAUUCAGUUUAGUGCUGAGGUGAAUGAAGUAGUUCCAGAAGCACGAUGGCAACAACUGCUCCCAAAUCGGGCGGCGUGGGAUCAAGACUGUACCUCCUUGUCUGAAGUUAGAAGCGAGAAGAGAGAGAGAGAGAGACUUAGAUUUAGAUGCUUUAAUCUGGUUUGACGCCUAAACAGCAUGGAGUAAUGGAGCUGAACACAGAUUUGUUUUCUGCUCUCGAGCCUCAACACAGUAUCUCUCUUCCGCUCCCCAGUGAUGGCCAUACCUGCAUUUUCAAGAGUAAAGUUCACCAAGUCCUUCAGGAGAUCGUAAAUUUGCUAGUUUGCUGGUUCAAAAUUACAUUUCUUAAAGGGAAAUUACAGGCUGCAGAUUGCAGUAAUCAUAGUUCAGAAGAUGUACAGCUAGUAGUUCUGGGAGCUGCCUACAAAAUGCCGUCGUAUGUCGCUAGCAGAAUCUUGGAAUUUUCUCUUUCCAUCUGCUCAUUCAGGCAGUCUUUUUAAACAUAAAGAUUAACUUCAUUUGUUACAUGUAGUGUAUUGAAACGUACAGUGAAAUGCAUCAUUUUGUAUCAAAUCAAGAUGGUGAAGAUUGUGCUGGCAACCUGCAAGUGCCACCAUGUUCUGGAGCCCACAACUCACUAACCCUUUUGUGACAUUUGUUUUGUAUCUUUUAAUGUAAUAAACUUCUUACAAUCCUUCA